AUGAAGGCCUUGCCUGCCCACUUUGCAGUCGUGGCUCUCCUGUGCUGCUGCUUCGCUGCUCUCGCCGCCGGGCAGUCGCAGUGCCAGAACACUAUCAACGGACUCAAAUACGACCUCUCGCCCCUCAGCGCCUACCAGCAGAGCGCGACAUGGGCCUCGUUCGUGGUGACCUACACUCCCUGCAUGCCCACCACCUGCCAAACGUACCAGGGCGUGGCGUUGUGUCAGAGAGUCUCCGGCUCCACUUCCGGCGGUUGGCCGUUGGGCGACUACGCCACGGCCCGGUGGAGUUCGUCUCCGCGCCCCGGUAACGAAAAGGGCUUCCGGGUCGUGUUCACCAGCUCUGCCGGCGCAGGCGCGCCGGCCACGACCACCAUCGACUUUAUCUGCGAUCCCAACUUCACGUCCGUGGGCAACAUGGUCCCCGGUCCGAAUGGCGCAGAACCCAGCUUUAACAACUUCUUCUUUGACUGGAAGUCGGUCUACGCCUGCCCGGUCAAGUCCAGCGGUGGCGGCAAUGGUGGUGGCGGCGGCGGCGGCGGCGGCGGCAGCGACGAUGACGGUGGACUGGCCGGCGGUUGGAUCUUCAUCAUCGUGCUGUUCUCGGUGACGAUCGUCUACUUCGCGGCGGGCUUCGCGUUCAACAAGUGGUAUCGGAAGGAGGAGGGCAUCGAGAACCAGAUCCCGCAGUACGCCUUCUGGGUGUCGCUGCCGGGCCUGGUCAAGGACGGCUGCGUCUACUCCUACCGCAAGACCAUGAACCUCGUCGGCCGAGGCAACAACCCCGAGUACCUCGGAGCCUAA